CCAAACAAAUAAGUCUGCUUAGAAUAAUUAAAUAAAUUGGGAAUUAAUUAUAUUGCACAUCAUCAUGAUCCAGUUCCGACUAUGGAUGAUGUAGUCAAAAUUCAGGUGGCAGAUGGUACUGCCUAUGUUAAGAAUCUAUUAUAUGUUGAUAAGAAAUCAAAUUAUUAUUUAAUCUUGGCAAAUCACACAACUUAAGUUGGCAAAUUAUUUUGGAAAACCCUUGGAUUAUCAUCAGGAAACAUUAGAUUAAGUAAAGAGGAAUAGAUAGCAGAUGCUUUAAAGUCAAGUAAAGGAAAUGUAAAUCCUUUUGCCGUUGCAAAUGAUACUAAUAAUCUAGUCAAAAAUAUUAUUAUUGAUGAGGAACUGACUAAAUUCUAGAGAUUAGCAUUGCAUCCAAUAGAAAAUACAACCACCAUCGAAAUCUCUUUAGAUGAUCUACAGAAUAAAUUCUUGAAAGCAAUUAAUAGACAAUGUAAAGUCAUACAAUUGACUGACUCAGCAGCAAAAUAAGAGUUAGAAUAAGAAAAAGAUCAAUAAAAUCUAUAAACUUUGGCUAUUACAGUGAAAAAGUCUGAUUUCUCAGAGUGGUAUCAAUAGGUCAUCAGAAAAGCAGAAUUGAUAGAAUAUUAUGAUGUUAGUGGCUGCUAUAUUUUAAGACCAUGGGCAUAUUUCAUAUGGGAAUAAAUAUAAAGACUUUUAGACGAUCUUAUUAGAACAGAAGAUGUUGAAAAUACUUACUUCCCAAUGUUCCUUUCUGCAAAACACUUAAAUACGGAGAAGGAUCAUGUAGAGGGAUUCAAGGCAGAAGUAGCCUGGGUGACUAAGUAUGGAUAGAGUGAUUUAAAUGAACCCUUAGCCAUUAGACCAACAUCUGAAACUAUUAUGUAUCCAGCAUUUGCUAAAUGGGUUCAAAGUCAUAGAGAUUUACCAUUGAAGGUAAAUUAAUGGACAAAUAUUGUGAGAUGGGAAUUCAAAUUCCCAACUCCAUUCAUCAGAACUAGAGAAUUCUUAUGGUAGGAAGGACAUACAGCUCACUCUACUAGAGAGGAAGCUGUCAAAUAAGUGUAUACAAUACUGGACUUCUAUGAAUAAGUUUAUGGUGAAUUAUUAGCAGUUCCAGUGAUUAAAGGAAUUAAAACAGAAUCGGAGAAGUUUGCAGGAGGUGAUUUCACUACUACUGUUGAAACUAUAAUCCCAUAGAAUGGAAGAGGAUUAUAAGGAGCUACAUCUCAUCAUUUAGGAUAAAAUUUCAGCAAGAUGUUUGAGAUUAAUUUUGAAGAUGAUAAGAGAUAGAAAGCAUUUGCUUGGUAAACAAGUUGGGGAUUCACAACGAGAUCUAUUGGUGCCAUGAUAAUGUUCCAUGGUGAUGAUAAUGGAUUGGUAUUACCCCCAAGGAUUGCAAAAUAUUAAAUUAUUAUCAUACCCAUCAUUCAUAAAGAUCUUGAUGAGAAACAAUUGAAUGAGAGAUGCGAAUAAAUUAGAUAGAUAUUAAUCAAAUAAAAGUUAAGAGUACAUUUUGAUAAUAGAGAUAACUAUUCUCCAGGCUGGAAAUUUAAUAAAUGGGAAUAGAAGGGAGUUCCAAUUCGAUUAGAGAUUGGACCAGGAGAAUUCAAAAAUAAUGAAGUUAGAGUUGUGUAAAGAUUUGACAAUAAGAAAUAUUAAAUUAAAAUAGAAGAACUCAAUUAAUUAAAUUAGAUACUUGAUAAUAUUCACUAUGCUAUGCUAGAAAAAGCACGAAAUGAACUAAAUUAAAGAAUCAAAUAGGCUGAUGAUUGGAAAGAAUUUAUGACUCAAUUAAAUCAAAGAAAUACAAUAUUAACUAAAUGGUGUUAAAGAGAAGAAUGCGAAUAGUAGGUGAAAAAAUAGUCAGGAAUUGAAUCAAAAGAGAAGGAUUCAGAAAUUGGUGGAUAAAUUCAACUUACUGGAAGUGCCAAAACAUUAUGUAUGCCAUUGAAGCAAGAUGAAAUUAAGGAGGGAGAGAAAUGUUUCCAUUGUGGCCAAUAAGCCAAGAGAUAUGUUUUAUGGGGCAGAUCAUAUUGA